CUGGGAACCAAUAUGAGCUACACACAGUGAUGAGGAAUUGUUGGUUGAAGACAAUUGAAACAGGCCUACAAAAAGAGGAGAAGACUUAUGUUCUUACUAAGUAUGGAUUACCUUGCAAUCUAUUGGAGCUUGAAGUCCCCGAGUUAAAUCCUGAAAUAAAAGCAGCCUUGACUGACUUUACAAUUAGGAAUGACAUGUUCCUAGAAAAGAGGCAGACUCAACUUGGUAAAGGCUUGUCUAUUUUGGGAUCUGUUCUGAAUAUUUUGAUAAAAAAUGAGCCAGUAGAGGGGGAGACCAGAGAGGAGAUUUUAUUAGCCCUGAGUGGUUCAGCCAAAUUUUUUUGUGAUUUACACUACCGAAUGUCCUUGUCCCGUAGAUCACAAAUAAUGCCAGCAUUAAACAACAAAGGUAUUAAAGAAGUCCAAA